UUAUCUCUAAAUAACAUAAAAUUAGUAACUUUCUUUUUAAAUCAAUAAACUGAAAACGUCAUAUUGUUUUAAAACUACCAUGUCGACGGAAUACUUUUGUGAAAACAAUAUGGCCGCCUUUAUUUAUUAUGAUUAAAAUUAGAUAUUGUCAUUUAUGAUACAAAAAAGACAAGAAAAUGAGAGACUUAUUUGUUGUUAGUGUUCUGUUCAUUUUAAAAGCCAAUGGUCAGUGUAACAUACCUUCGCCAUUUGCAAGUUCAACAUGGCUCGACAGUACACGUGGUACAAUCACAUUCGACACGACGACAAUGAAUGGUUGGGGCGUCACAGUUUUUAAUCAGCAGCGAAGCUCGUGGGAAUGUGUUGACAGUUCAGAUUCUAGCACACUAGUUCUGAAAUCUACAACUUCAAUAUUGUAUUCCAACUCGCCGAUCUUCAUCUUCAUGUGUAUGAAGCUUACACAAAUAACUACAAACUCUUACAGUUAUAAGUUACAACAAGGUAUGUAGUGGAACUUAAUUAGAUAGAAUACAAUAAACUGUUG